GGUCUAUGGGGUACGUGGAGGACACUGGGAGGCAUCACUAAUGUCCAUGCCGACAAAGAGAGCCGACAAGACACCCCAGCAGCAGGCACUCCCACCUUUUGUGUCUGUGGGUGAAUUGGGAGCGUGUGAGGUGCAGGGAAUGGGAACCAGUUCGCACUGAAACCUGAUCACAAAGCCUUUACUGCAGGGACAUCCCAUUGAGGACUAUGGAGCUGGUGUAAGUAACAGAUCGCUCCUCCAUGCAGCUGUUCUAUGGGCACAAUCGCACUGGAGCCGACUGCACCCAUGAAAGCUUGCCUCAGUUUACUUGAAAUCGCAACGUUUUGCUGCUUCUCACACGCGGGCGUUUUUGCUCUGUCCAGAAAACUUUCGGUAAUAAGAGUGAGAGACUGACUGUGGAUUUAUUUAUGGAGAGCCAGUGAUAACCUAUUGAACACACGACACCAGCACUGUCUGUUUAUACAUAGAUUGUCAGCAGGAGGACAAGAAGCGCCCAGACAAGACUAUAGACAAGUGUAGCUGAGAUGAGUCUGGUUGGGGGGUUUCCACACCACCCAGUGGUUCACCAUGACGGUUAUCCCUUUGCAGCUGCGGCAGCUGCAGCCGCCAGUCGCUGCCAUGAAGAGAACCCUUAUUUUCACGGCUGGCUAAUUAGCCACCCCGAAAUGUCUCCCCCCGAUUACAGCAUGGCACCGUCCUACAGCCCGGAGUAUGCCAAUGGCGCGGCCGGACUGGACCACUCCCAUUACGGGGGUGUCCCGGGAAGCGGGGCAGGAGGCUUGAUGCAACGGCCUGUAAAGCGAAGGGGAACCGCUAACCGCAAGGAAAGGCGCAGGACUAUAAGCAUCAACAGCGCCUUCGCAGAGCUGAGGGAGUGUAUCCCCAAUGUGCCCGCGGAUACCAAGCUCUCAAAGAUCAAAACUCUGCGGCUGGCCACCAGCUAUAUAGCCUACCUCAUGGACCUGCUGGCCAAAGACGACCAGAAUGGCGAGACAGAGGCCUUUAAGGCAGAGAUCAAAAAGACAGAUGUGAAGGAGGAGAAGAGGAAGAAAGAACUGAAUGAACUAUUGAAAAGCACAGUUUGCAGUAACGAUAAGAAAACCAAAGGCAGGACUGGUUGGCCGCAACAUGUCUGGGCUCUGGAGCUAAAACAGUGACCCUGGGGGACUGGAGUCGAGAAGACCCUUUAUGUAUCUGUGUCCUAAAAUAAUAACUCUGUAUUUGGAAUGGUCCAUUUUUAUUUAUGUGCAAUUUCCCCAAUGACCCCCCCUACCCAACCCCCAAUGUGGAUCUCCGAAGAGAAACAUUCCAGAAAGUGUAGAGGAGUCUGCAGGUUGGUACAGGGGCUGUGUGUCUGUUUGUCGCAGUUUGUGAUUGUUACAGUAUUUCUGUCGCAAAACAAAGACUCCCUGGCAUUACUGUGUAUGUGAAGUGUAUCUCUCUUUCUCUCUCUCUUUCUCUUACAAAAAAAAAAUAAUAAACAAAGUGGCCUCUUUUGGUUAGAAAAAAAAAAUCUUCCUCGGAUGUGACAAAGUCAAUUCCUACAGAAACAGCUGCGACUUUGUGUCGGUUUGCGGUGUUAACCCUUUCCGUUCCACGGGCAGAAAUGCGCACUUUUUCCCCUUUGUUUUUAUUUUAUUUUUGCGUCGUCCCCCCGUGACAAGAGGAAGGGUUUCAUGUUGUCAGAUCAUUUGGUGACACUAAAAACAUUUUGAAGGUGUUUUCAUCGCAUUGUUUUGUGCUCUUAUCUGUCCAGAUAUGUGGAGUUUAAAUAUUUGAAGGUGUAAAAAAAUGUUGUAAGUGAUCAAUAAACCACUGAGUGUUUUUUUUUUAAAAAA